AUGAUUUUCUUUCUAGCAACAAGUGCGACAUCAGUCACUCUACCGUAUCAAUGUACGACUUACAGUUCAAUCAAUGAAAUGUCACGUCUCUCAAAUUAUUCUAGCUGCUGUUAUUGCGAUUCUAGCUACAAUGGUUGGUAUCGAUUUAUAGGAGCGUCAGGCAGCCAAUUGAUUACAUUUCCUGUGAACACAGGUUUUUGUGGUACGAAUGCUCCCGGUUGGUGGAAUGGUACUCAUCCAUCAACUGUUGGUGCAACGGCAAAUGGAAAUUUUUGUGCUAAUUAUGCUGGAUAUAUAUGUAAUCCAUCGUACUCAAUUGCUUCGGUGCUUGCAACUAAUUGUAGUGGAUUUUAUGUUUAUUAUUUAGUACCACUUGCUUGCCCUGGCAUUUAUCCACGAUAUUGCACCAUGUGA